AGCAGGCCCAAGGGCCACAGCGCUGGCAAGAUGGCCGGCUCACCGUGGGUCUGCCUGAGAAGCGGCGCCAGCCCGGCCCAGGGCCCGCUCAGGACCUCCAUGUCGCUCCUGAAGCAUACAAACACGCGUGGACACGUCAGACACACAUGAGCGCAUGUAGGUGGAGGGCGCCGUCUCGCUCGCUCUCUCCGGGGGCCGCGGCCAUUCAUGUUGUUGGACUACUGCCGUCGAUGUUGUGGUUUCACGCUCGUCAAGCGCCACGGAGCCGUCUCGCUCAAGACCACGCCCAGUGACACCUGGGUGGUCCUGCAGAACCUGCUGAUGUGCAUGGUCUGCUUCUACUCCCUCUACUACUUGGUGGUCAGCCUCUGCAUCGGGCUGCUCAGGGUUCAUGAAAUCAACAGUCUGCUGGCUCCGUUUGAUUACACCACGCAACCGUCAUGGCAGAACCCCAAAUACCUGGUGGGCGUCAUCUCCACGGAGGUGACGUACGUUCUGGGAGGUCUGGUGUUCGCCUGGAUCGUGGAGGAGUGGGUGUGGGACUACGCCAUCACCGUCACGCUGCUGCACGUGGCCGUGACCGUUGCCGUAAUGUCAGAUUUCCCUUCAACCGAGCACUGGUGGAUCGCGCUGGGCUCAGGUCUUGUGAUGAUGAUAUUCGGAGGACAGGUGCUGGCCUACAAACUGUUCCGGAACAACUUCGUCACCCCGGCCGAGCUGCAGAAUUUCUGAUGAGGCUGUGGACUGAAGCGUCGUCUUACAGAUAGUAUUCCCUUAUUGCAUAAAUGACAAAAAAAAAAAACAAAACAAAAAAAAAAAAAACAAAAAUCUGUACAGCUUGUUUUCCUUUUUGUAUUGUUUUUAAAGUUGGUGGUACGUGUAUCGACUUUGUGUAUCAUAUUCUGGCAGCACGGUGUAUUCAUGGUUAGCACGUCUGCAACACUGUUUUCUGGUUGUGCGUUCCCUCAUAUAUCCAGUUUUUAUCCGGAAAAAAAAAACAAAACAAAACGUGCAUGUUAGGUUAUUGUAAUUGAGGACUCGAAUUUUGAUAAAUAUGAACGCUUGUUUGUUGGUGACAAAGUGGCCUCUGAUUGGCUGGCGGCAAUUGGAUGGUGGAGUUUAUGUUUGGAUUCAUAUUUUCUGAAAUAGAAAAUAAGUCAUGUUGCCAUAAAGUGACAACAGUCUGUUGUUUUAGCUUUCAUUUUCAUUUUUAGACCUUUUCGAGCUCAACGGGAAAUGAUUUUGUGUGACUUCACUUUUCCAUUUUGUUCACCUUGACUAGACGAUG